AUGUGGGGUGUGUGAGUGUGGGAUCGGGUGGGGGGAAAUCGAACCCAGCCUCUACUGCCCUCGCCCGCCCCUUGCUCCCCCCGCCCUCAACUUCAUCCUCUCCUCCAGUACCACCCUCCUCCGCUCCAGGCUUUCCAUCCUCGUCCCGUGCUUCUGCAUCCUCCAUCUCCCACUGCUGAUCAUCUCCAAGACCAUCCCCGUGAAGAUCUCGAUCGUCCUGCCUGCGCCUUCCUGUUCGCUGAGCUUGGCCUUGAGCUUGGGGAGGCCAAAGAGUCGUUGUAGUGUCGUGUACUCGGCGUCCUCGAUCGUGUAUUUUUUUUAUUUUACUGGGGCUCAUAAAUUGCAAUCCUUCGGGUUGGCUGGGACCGCUACAAAAAGAGCUAAAAGAGGUUAUAAAGCAACGACGGCAAGCAAUUGGGUGAAAGUCAAACCCCUGCGCGCAAAGAGCGCUGCGCAGAUCAAAACCCGCCGAGCACCUAACGCGGACUCCAACGGGCGGUGA